AUGGGAAUUGAGCGAAGUAAAAAGUUAGUGUUAGCAUCGUUUUCGGAUUACGGGCGUGGAGUGCUCACCAAGACAAGAAUUAGAACUGGAGAGGAACUGAUAAAUUUGCCUCUCAAUCUCACUAUCAACGUCACGACCUUGCUCAUGGACGAAGAGUUUUGCUCCAUCUUCGAAGGCAGUUUGCUAGAAUACAAACACUCUGUGUCGUUUCAAAAUAUGAUUAAUCACAGUGCUAAAGCUCAGAAUGAAACUAAGCUCAUUGUGGAAAACAAAGUAAAAAAUGUUUCCCUUUUUGCCUUAUGUGAGGAUGCAUUUUCAAAGUGUUAG